AAGUUAAUACUGUUGUUCAUCUCUCGGGUAUUGCUCGAUUACAUGAAGUGCUUGCUCUAAUACCUUCAGCGACUACUGUAAGCAGCAGACAGACAUGCAAAUUACGGAGCUAGAGCCACAACCACUGGCCUUAGAAAAGACGGAGUAAAAUAACUCAAUAUCUUUAGUAGACAGGCUGACAGACUGACUGACUGGGGGAGGUGAAUGCGCUAUUCUUGUAUCAGUAAAGAGCCUGCGUUAAAUAACCAGGACGCAGAACGCAGACAGCAGAGGUGAGGCAAACAAACGGCCCUUGCCAGAGAGGAGACUGCAACUCGUGCGUCGUAAAUAUAUCGCGUUCAGAGAUGAAAGUGAAGCAAGGCUGCGACGCGGGAGUCCCGUACACGACUGAGGAGGAUUUGUUAAAUAGCCCAGAAAUAACGCCGGAGGAUGUACUCGGGCUGCAGAAGAUCACAGACAAUUACCUCUGCGGUCCAGAGCAGAACGUCCACAAGAUCGACUUCACUAGGUUUAAAAUCCGAGACAUGGAGACCGGCACGGUUCUCUUUGAGAUCACCAAACCACCAACCUCUGAGACUGGGGAGGACAGAAUGGACUUUGAGCAGAACGCUGGAAGAUUUGUGCGUUACCAGUUCACCCCGGCCUUCCUCAGACUGCGGCAGGUUGGAGCCACGGUCGAGUUCACCGUAGGCGAUUCUCCCAUCAACAACUUCCGCAUGAUCGAGAGGCAUUAUUUCCGUGGGCAGUUGCUAAAGAGCUUCGACUUUGAGUUUGGUUUCUGCAUCCCGAGCAGCAAGAACACCUGCGAACACAUCUACGAGUUCCCACCGCUGUCUGAAGACAUAAUGCGUGAAAUGAUUCUUCACCCCUAUGAGACACAAUCCGACAGCUUUUAUUUUGUGGACAACAAGCUUGUAAUGCACAAUAAGGCCGAUUAUUCUUACAAUGGAGGACCGUAGGGGAUAUAUGACAUCAUGAAAUCUGCAAUGAUUUGCUGUGGACUGGCACAGAAACAUCUACUGGAAGUGGCACUUAUUCAACACCCAAUGCUCUUCAAAAUAAAGGUUCCAAAGAUGUGUUUUAUCAAUAGUAGAAUUAGUGAACAGCUCUUUACUUAGCAACUGUUGUCCAUAAAGAAUGAUGGAAAUGUUCUUUAGAUAAUAAAGUUCUUCGUGGAACCAUAGAUGCCAGUACAGAACCUUUAUUUUUAAGAGUGCAAACUCAGGAUUUUUGUGUAUGUGUGAGGCAGAGGAAACAAUACUUUCAAAAAGGGCCUGCUUUUUUUCCCCAUUACAAUCAUGUAGAGUAUGUGACAAUUGUGUCUCUUUUGGAGUAUGUGAGUGUGUCUGUGCAUUAAAGGUGCUGUAUGUAC